AUGAUCUCGCCCGUCAGAUUCAACGAAGCAGCGCAAGCAAUGCUCUCAGGAGAUAACGGUCCCAACUUUCUCAUUGAGAUUGGCCCAUCUGGUGCUUUGGGUGGUCCAGUCUCUCAGAUCUUGAAGUCCCUUUCGAACGGAUCCGACAUAUCCUCUGUUGCUGCAUGGUCUCGAGGCGCCAAUGCUGGAAAGACAAUUUAUGAUCUUGCUGGGCGCCUGUUUAUUGCUGGAGGUGGCGUCAACCUUGCCAAGGUCAACCUGUAUUCUUCGGGCGAAGCUCAGACAACGCCCCUCCCAAACACCAUUAUCGACCUUCCUAACUACGUCUGGAACCACUCAGUCAAGUACUGGCAUGAGAAUGCGGCAAGCAAGGACUGGCGAUUCAAGCAGUAUGUCAAUCACGAUCUUCUGGGAAGCAAGGUACUUGGAACGACAUGGCGUUCGCCAACUUGGCGCAAGCUUUUGGAUAUUGCGGACGUUCCGUGGUUGAAGGACCACAAGAUGGGAGAUGAUAUCCUCUUGCCGGGUUCCGGCUUCAUCACGAUGGCUGUCGAAGCACUCUACCAGAAGACAAGAGCCACCGCACCAGACGAUGUCGUCGUCGCGUCUUCGAACAACUUGUCUUAUAGACUCAGGAACGUUCGGUUUGACAAGGCGCUGGUACUCGAAGAGGGAGUAGAGGCGAUCAUCACACUAUCCCUCACUCAGCAACCCGGAAGCAAGGAUUGGCAUGAGUUCCACGUUGCCACCAAUACGGCCGGUGUUUUCAUCGAGCAUUGCUCCGGAUUGAUUCGUGUACAAGAACCCAUUCUCGAACGCCUGAUAGAGGUCGACCGUCGCCCCCUGGAGUUUCCCACCACCGCCAAAAUCUGGUACAAGGCCCAGACCGCCAUCGGAUACGGAUUCGGUCCCGACUUUCAGAAAGUGAAGAAAGUCGAAUCAAUCAGUGGUCAGCGACACAGCCGCAGCUUGGUUUCCCUCGAGGAGCCCAAGUCGAAGUGGUCUCCCCAGUCAUACUACCCAAUCCAUCCAGCAUCUCUAGACGGUUGCUUCCAAACCGUUACGCCCUCUCUCUGGGCCGGAGAGCACAGUUCUUUGAACGCGGUGUUGGUUCCUUCGGUCAUAGAUGAUUUGGUAAUCAACCAAGUCAAUCAGGGGCUAUCAGAAGGCUUGUCUAUCGCGAGUUCAGAUUACUCCGGUCGCGGGCGGCUGGAAGAGGCCAAGAGCUACUUUGCCAACUGCUCAAUUCACGAUCCUACAACCGGCGCACUUCUUAUGCAGAUGCGCGGUCUGCGUUUUGCUAAACUUGAUGUGGUUCCCAAGCCAGACCCUCAUAUUUUCGACCGAGUCAGCUGGAAGCCUGACAUCACAUUCUUCUCCCAGGACAAUUUGGUUCAGCACAGAUCCGAGUUUACUGCUGGUUCUAUCAUCGACUUGAUUGCACACAAGCAGCCGAGAUUGCGAGUUUUAGAGUCGGACUUUGACGCCAAUGAUAAGUCUUCUGCGUGGUUUCAAGGCAACGAUUGGUCAUCGAGAGCGGCUUACACCCAAUACGACUAUGUUUCAACGAAUGCGAAGCUUCUGGUUGGAAUUCAGACCCAAAAUGAAGGGAACAGAAACGCUUCUUUCAGCCUCAUUAACCUCGAGAGCGGAAAUCUCGGCUUGCCAAGUGACGCUAUCUACGAUCUCGUCAUUGUCAAGGUCGCGGACAAGUUGUCUUCGAGCGUGGACCAGUUCUUACAACGGCUCAAGAAGCAUCUCUCGAGUUCUUCGCACACUCUCAUUCUUCAGCCCAAGCAACCAGAGCUAGAUGCUCCUGCCCCUGUGCCAUCCCCGAGAUCCACCUCGCCAGAUUCCGAUGUGCCAGCAGAUCCCAGCACGCCCUCGGAGUCAGCCGGAUCUGAUCUGCCGCCAGAGACCCCUGUCACAGAUGUGUCCAUCACGCCCGAAGAGGAAGUCGAACUCAAAGAGAAAGGUCGAUCGUCAAAUGUUUGGGUGGACAUAGCUCUCGAGAGCCUUCUCGAUGCGAACUCACGCCCAGAACUCCAUGGUUUCAGCGUCAAGCUGCAAGGGUCUACAUGGACACUAUACAGUUUCGCGGCGACCAGCGAGGAGCCACAUCGGCCUCGCAACUUGGACAUCGUCCGGCUUUCUCAAGGUGCUUCAGAUGUCGAGCCAUCACUGAAAGAACAGCUGGAGACAUCUGGGUGGAAUAUCACGCAGCGAUCAGACCUUUCCGCAGUUCAAAGUCUCUCGGCUGACUCCACCGUUCUCAUUCUUGAUGAGCUUCACAAUCCUGUUCUCACCAAUAUUGAUGGAGAACAAUGGUCUGCGUUGAAGACUCUCGUCAGUUCGGGACGCCCUCUUCUUUGGGUCACAAAAGGGGCGCAGCUCAAAGUCACUGACCCAGACCUCGCUCUCGCUCAUGGUCUUUUCCGCGUCGUCCGAAGAGAGGAUGCCAGUGUCAAGAUCACCGUUUUGGAUGUCGAGUCAAAUGUCGGACCCAACACUGCAUGGGCCAUCAAGUCCGUCCUAGAGACUACAUGCCACAGUGGCACGCCGAGUGUCAAAGGAAUUGUCGAGACGGAAUUCGCUGAGCGAAAUGGCGUUCUAUACGUGCACAGAGUUGUACCAGAUCUGAGAGUCAAUGAGUUCAAGCGGGCUGAGCAGGAGGGAUCCGAACCUGUCUUGGGAAAACUGCACGAAACCAAGGCCGCUGUUCAGCUCCGAUCGGAGCGUGUCGGAACCUUCCAGAGCCUCACUUGGAACGAGACAGAUGUCGCUGAGGUUCCUGUUGAAGAGGGCACAAUCGAGGUCGAAGUCUUUGCUGUCGGUGUUAACUUCAAGGACGUCGCUGUUUCCAUGGGAAUUGUGCCAGAGAAUGAGUACACCAUUGGAUAUGAAGCAGCCGGCAUUGUCACGAGGCUUGGCCCGGGGGUCACAAAGUUCAAGGAGGGCGAUCGAGUGUGCUUCUUGAACGGUGGUAGCUAUGCGAACCGCCUGCAAGUGCCCAUCGGACGCGCUCACGUCAUCCCUGACUGGAUGAGCUUCGAGGAUGCGGCAACAAUUCCCUCCGUCUACCUGUGUUCCAUUUACUCACUGUUCGACAUUGCCAACUUGAAAGAAGGCCAGUCCGUUCUUAUUCAUUCGGCAUCUGGCGGAGUUGGAAUUGCGUGUAUUCAGCUUGCUCAGUACAAGAAUGCAGAAAUCUAUGUAACCGUCGGUACGGAGGAAAAGCGCCAGUUCCUCGAGGAGAAUUACGGUAUCCCCCGAAGUCGCAUGUUUUCUUCUCGCAACACGACAUUUGCAAAGGAAAUUCUGGCUGCAACAAACGGUCGUGGUAUUGACGUCAUCAUUAACUCUCUUACCGGCGAACUUCUCGACGCUUCAUGGAGAAUAAUUGCCGACGGUGGAACCUUGGUUGAAAUUGGAAAGAAGGACAUUGUCGACCGCAAUACCUUGUCUAUGGAGCCGUUCGAUCGCAACGCUUCGUUCAGAGCCAUGGAUUUCUCCUAUACCCAGGACAUCCGGGACCCUUUGAUUGCAAGGCUUUUGGAUGAGGUUUUCGCCCUCGUCAACAGCGGGCACAUCAAGCCAAUUCACCCCAUUACAACCUUUGGUUUUGAUGCAGUCCCUGCGGCUUUGGCCUACAUCCGCAGCGGCCGUCACAUUGGCAAGGUGGUCAUUUCUGACGGAAGCAAGAAGGACGUCCAAGUCCCCAUUAGGCCAGCGACACGGAGGCUCAAACUUCGAUCGGAUGCUUCAUAUGUCAUUGUUGGUGGCUUGAAAGGUCUCUGUGGAUCUCUCGCCAUUCACAUGGCACGACACGGAGCCAAGCACAUCAUUUCUGUGAGCCGCAGUGGCAUCGACGACGUAGCUUCCCAGAAAGCAAUCAAGAACUGUGCUGCCUACGGCUGCGAGGUGUUGGAGGCUAAGGGUGACGUUGCGAACCUUGAGUUCGUUCAAGACGUCUUCAAGUCUAUUCCUCGGGUGGCCGGAGUGAUCCAAGGUGCCAUGGUUCUCAGAGUAAGGAGCACCUAUCGCUACAUGAUUCAAGUACUGACAGACGUCCAGGACAAGCCUUACGAGACCAUGACUCUCGAUGACUACCAUACCGCUAUUCACGCCAAGUUUCACGGUACAUGGAACUUACACCGCGCUUCGGAACAACUUCAGCAUCCACUUGACUUCUUCACCCUGCUGUCAAGUAUAUCCGGUAUUGUUGGCAACAAGGGACAAGCCAACUACUCCGCGGGAAACACAUUCCUCGAUGCUUUUGCCGACUAUAGGCGCGCCCUUGGCCUUCAAGCUAACUCGGUCGACCUCGGUCUUAUUCAAGAUGUUGGCUACGUCGCUGAGCAAGAAGGCUUCGAGGCUCGCUUCGACACUCGCCAGUGGACGCCUAUUACUGAGGGAACCCUUCGCAAGAUUCUCAGCUACUCCAUUCCUCAGCAAGACAACGCGUCUGCUACUAUCAAUCCUGAAAGUGCCGCGCAACUCGUCACUGGUAUCGGCUUCCCGUUGCCAGAGGACUCAGAUCUCACUCGUGAUGCUCGCUUCGGAUACCUUUUCCAGAACACGGGCACAGGGUCGGAUGGCAAGGACGGCGGUUCAGGCAAGCAAGGGGAUGAGACAAUCCGCGCAUUCCACGCCUUGCACAAGUCAGGUGCUGACAGGACGGCUCUGGUCAAGGUUGGUGUUGAGGUGGUUGCAUCGCAACUGGCCAAGAUUCUCCGCUUGGAGACCGAAAUUGAGCCUGCUAAGCCUCUGAUGACGUUUGGCUUGGACUCGCUUGCGGCAGUUGAGUUGCGAAAUUGGAUUCGUUUGGAGCUGGGUGCUGAGCUAACAACGCUUGACAUCACCAACGCAAGCUCCCUGAACGCAUUGGGUGACAAGUUGGUGUCAAAGCUGACACAAACCUCUGUGGCCAGCUCUUGA